AAUGUUUCCCGAAAAUUCGCUCGAUCGUCAGUCUCAUUGUUCGCAUCUUCUAGUAAAGUUCAAUUUCAAAUUCAUUAGCAUGGCUCGUGUGGUGCUCUUUCUGCUGGUCGUUGCACUCGUCGCUAUGUACUCUCUCGAAGUGGACGCACGAAAAGGAAAACAGAAAUCGAGAUGCGGUCGUAACGAGGUGUACAACAACUGUGGCAACCCUUGCGCACCAGGGUGCAGUGGUCCAGUAAAAGAUCGAAGUUGCGCUACGGUCUGCAAACCCGGGUGUUACUGUCGAGAAGGCUACCUCAGACACGACAAUGGAAGAUGUGUCCCCAGCUCGCAAUGUCGUCGUCAAGACGAAGUGAAUGCACAAAGUGACGAGAGACCCGAACCAGGAUGCGGUCCUAACGAAGUUUACGACACCUGUGGCAACCCUUGUCCACAAAGUUGCAACGCACCGAAGAUUCAGGCCUGCGCAACGGUUUGUGUCGCCGGAUGUUUCUGCGAAGAAGGAUUUCUCAGGGAUGAACUUGGACGAUUCGUUGCCAUGUACUCUCACGAAGUGAAUGCACAAAGUUACGGGAGACCCAGACCAAGAUGCGGUCCUAACGAAGUUUACGACAAAUGUGGCAGCCCUUGUUCACAAAGUUGCAACCCACCGAAGAAUCAGGCCUGCGCAACGGUUUGUGUCGCCGGAUGUUUCUGCAGGAGUGGAUACCUCAGAGACCAAAACAAAAGAUGUAUCCCCCGUUCGCAAUGUCCCCGUCGACCCCAUUACGGUUGAAAAUCGACUGGCAUCAAAAACGUACGUCCCUUCCAUCUUUGUGUUUUACAAAAGGUUAAAAAAAAAGCUUAAAAAGCAAAUUACUGUUGAAAAACAGUGGUGAAGCUGAAAAUAUUUGUGUUCGAUAAAUCAUCAAAAAA